AUUCUUAUUCCUAUCACAACCCGCAACUCACAACUCAAGCUGUGCCGAUGGGGUAACUACCUAACGUAUAGGUAUUGGCAAACAUGACUAUAGAAUUAGUUUCGGAACACUUACUAAAUAUUAUGUGACUCCUAGCGUUAAUUCACUUUUAGCCCAUUGCUACUAAUCCGGAAAGUCACAUCUUUUUUUUAUGAAAAAAAAAAAAAAAUCACAACGUCUUCACCAUAUGCGCUUAUGUGCCUGGGUACCUUCCGCAGUACAUAUAAAAACGGUCGUGUCGGCCAACAUGAACCAGCCAUGAAUAACUUCCCAAGCAAACCAUCUAGAUUCCCUCAAUUGCGCAAGAUUAGCAAAAUGGCUGGGAACUUCUUACACUCGAUAUCCAGACAAUCGAAUGCCCAUCCAAACCAUCAGGGCGGGGCACAGGUCGGACUCCAUUUUCAAGAUGCGAUGAGGAAGCGUGCUAGCCGUGAUGAGAAAGCCGCAAAUGAAGUCCUGCUAGAGACGAGAGAUGCCGAUGGGAAAUUGUAUGGCGAGCAUGAGCUUCCUGGAAAUCAUUUCUCCCGGAACGUUCAUAUCAUCGACAAGACCCAGCUUUUGAAGGCAGCACAAUUUCUACCUAAAGGCGCACACCUUCAUAUUCAUUUUAACUCUACCCUCCUCCCCGAAUUUCUCUUGGGUAUAGCCAAAGAAAUGCCCAAUAUGUAUAUCUCGAGUCCUACCCACAAGCUUCGAUCUAAAUCUGACUUCGAUAAUUGCGAGAUCGUAUUCACGCUCCAGAGUACGAAGAAGAUUCUUCAUGACCCAAACGUAGGCCGUGAACUUCAAGAGCAGGAACUAUCUCCUAAAGAUCUAGAAGGCCCGAACCUAUUUCAUGCCGAUUAUAAGCCACGCCAACUCAUGCGUUACCAAUACUUCCGUUCUGCAUGGAACAAGGAGAGGAAUACCAGGCAGGAUUAUACGUCGCAAAACGAAGAAAAGGCUGACCAAGAUCAAUCUGAGCUAUGGGAUAUGAAUAUAGAGUGUGACGAUUGGCUCGUGAGUAAACUCGUGUUUCACAAAGAGCAAAUCGACGAGAUAUUCAAUUCGGAAGAUCAAAUCAAAAAGACCACGACAGAAGAGGAGAAACAAGCAAGACAAAAGCAAAUUGAGGAAGAAAGAUGGCCCGAGAAUAUCGAGUCGAACUUUCAAAAUAGUCCAUAUAAAUCUACGCGUGAGAGGGCAGUAAGGGCAUGGGAGAAAUUCAAUGGCCGUACAAGAAUGAUGAAGGGCUUAUUUAACUAUGAAAAAGCUUUCAGGGCCUAUACCAGAAAAUGCUUAGAAGAGUUCGUCCGGGAAAAUGUCCAGUAUGCCGAGAUUCGGCCAAAUUUUAUGAAAAGCAACCAAGUUUUACGAGAUGAUGGGUCGGAGGGUUUCAACAACUUCGGGUUAAUGGAAAUCAUCAUAGAAGAAUAUGAGAAAUUCAUGAAAGAUAUUGGAGACAUGGACGAGCAUGGUCAAAUUAAAGAUAAUAGGAAGUUAGAUUUAGAAGGCAACCCUGUGUACUUAGAUGGUACCGACAUUCCGCUUGGAAAUGGCCACAUCCCGUCCUUUGGCGGUAUGAAGGUCAUCUACUGCACGCCCCGAUCUUUCCCUAAAGCCAUGGUAAAGGACGCAUUGGACGAAUGCAUACGAAUGAAGAAGAGAUGGCCACAAUAUAUCGCUGGUUUCGAUCUGGUUGGCGAAGAAGCUUACGACAAGAAAUAUCCACUACGGUAUUUCAAGGAAGAAUUCAGGCAGUUUCAAGAGGACUGUAAGGAAGAGGGACUAGAUAUUCCAUUCUUAUUUCACUGCGGCGAGACCCCUGACGAUAUCGAAGGCAACCUCGAAUGUGCACUCGAUCUUAACGCUAGACGAAUUGGACACGGCUACGCGCUACCGCAAAAACCUGCCGUUAUGGAGCAAAUGAGAGCCAAUGAAGUCUGUGUCGAAGCAUGCCCGAUCUCGAACAUGGUUCUGGGGUUAGUGGAGCACAUGCACGAGCACCGGAUCUACAGGCUGCUUGAACACGAAGUCCAUUGCAGUCUAAAUAGUGACAACGGUACCCUUUUCAGGUCUACAUUAUCACAUGAUUUUUUCGAGGUCAUGAUUGGCAAUCGCGAUAUGGAUCUAUUUGGUUGGCGCCAACUGGCCAGGUGGAGCAUAGAUCAUUCUUGCAUGAGCCAUGUCGAGCGCGAGCGAGUCCUAGUAGAGUGGGAAAGGCGAUGGAAAUAUGAAUUUAUUCCUCGAAUUCUCGGGAAAGAGUCCACUAGCAGUCUGGCGAGGCUCGAGAGAUUGAAUCAGAUCGAGGAGAGUCGAAAAAGGCGGGAGGCUAAGGCUAAAGGUAAUUCAGAAGAAUGAUGGGCGCUAUAUACAUGUAGAUUGGGCGUCUUUGGAGUGGGGCUGGAGCGACGAGACGGAUGAAGCCAUUUACGAUUUUGAUACCCGAUUUGACGAGGCCCUUAACGGCGUUCAUGUUACUAUAUCUGGGAUCAAGAACGCAAGUACUUAUACCAGGGAGUUUAGGUACCUAGAUACCUAGCUUUUCCACCUUACUUAGGUAGUUCAGGGUACUAGUAUUAAUGAUCUACGAAUUUCCUUAUUUUCCUACCAUGUAUCAAUUUAUGAGUUACGAGAUAGAUCAGCUUGAUCAGCGUGACGUGUUAGGCAAAUAGAUCUAGAUGGAUAAUUAGCCACAUGAAUACGUAUAUCCUACAUAGG